CAAAUAGCUAAAUAGUUGCCCCGAACAUGGCGGAUAGAUUAACGCAGUUGCAGGAUGCUGUUAAUUCACUUGCAGAUCAGUUUUGCAAUGCAAUUGGUGUCCUCCAGCAGUGUGCACCACCAGCUUCAUUCAGCAACAUUCAAACUGCUAUAAACAAAGACCAGCCCUCCAAUCCAACAGAAGAAUACGCCCAGCUUUUCGCUGCCUUGAUAGCACGGACUGCAAAGGAUGUUGAUGUGCUGAUUGAUUCACUGCCUAGCGAGGAGUCUACCGCAGCAUUGCAGGCUGCAAGCUUGCGCCAGUUGGAGGAGGAGAACCAUGAGGCUGCAUCCCGUCUUGAGGAGGUGGUUUAUCGAGGAGACAUGCUGCUGGAGAAGAUUCAGAGUGCCUUGGCAGAUAUAGCUCAGUCGCAGCUCCGGACCAGAAGUGGAGCACCCAGCCAGCAAGUUCCUGAGUCUUAACAGCAGGGGGCAGCACAUGGCUACAGAAAAGAAGUAAAUAGAGCAGACCUUGUGGGCUUCAUCCAUUAACACUGCAAGCUAGAAUUUGUUUUAUGUAGUUUUUGUUUAAGACUAUUUAACAUGGUAAAGUUGGAUUGGAGAGUUUACAGGUUUUUCUUUGGGUAUAAUCUGCCAAAUGCUAUUUGUUAUUUAUAAAUAGGCCAUGCAUUCACAGGUGACGAUAGGAAAGUAACUCGUCCUAGCAUUUGAAGGCCUUAUAUGCUUUUCAUUAUUAAGUGGUCGUGAUAUUGUCACUUGCAGAAAUGUUUUUCUUUUUAGCUUGGUGCCUGCAGUGGUACAAUCACACAUGGUUACAAAAUUGUUCAAUCCAAGUCUUUAAUGAGACUAUUUAAAUACAGUACAUUUUGAAAUACAUAAUGGAGUCUGUGUGAUAAGGGUGAACAUAUUCAAAAUGAAUUAAGCAUUUUAAACUGUAUUUGUACUGAUAUAUUUAAUAUACUCUUUCAAAGUUUUUUUUUUUUUUUUUUUUUUUUUUAAAUAAACCUGAUUGAUGUCUUGUUAAAGCAACACUGUAACCCUAAAAGCACUGAAAUGUUUGUGUAUUUCUAGAUACGAUAUUAAAGUAUGAAUCAGUGAAAGACAAUAAGGGUUUGGGGGUUAAAAGUCAAGUGUCAGAAUUUACUGUAGUAUAAUAAGGAUUGCUAAUACUAAGUGGAUGAAAUAACAAACUAAAAUUGCAUUCUGGUUUCUGUUGUGGUGGCUGAGAGGUAGCAAAUUUUAUAAAUCCACUGAAAUCAGCAAGAGGUUAUACUACCUCACAAAAAAAAAUGUGAAAAAGAGAGAGAUCGAAGCGCUAAAACAGUUUCUCAGUUUGUGGUUUAGCUAUUUUGGUGAGUUCCGGAAACAAGCAGUGGGUGUGAGGUAAUGACGAGAGCUGUUUAGGAAGUGAGUGUUUACUGGUUAACUAAUGGUUUGUAUUAGUUAACCAGUACUGAAUGGUGUUCUGGGUGAAUUGAUACUUUAAUUCCAUGUUAGAUGGCCCAUGCCUUGUGCUAAUUUAGGAUCCUUGUUUUUAAUCCCACUCUGGUUCUUCUACAUGUGUUGUCUAAAUAAUCAAUCUGAAUCAGAAUGCUGUUUGCAGUGUGUGGUUAUUUCCUGUCCUGCCAAGUGCUCUGUCCCAAAGCAUAACACUUGCUGUCUUGCUUACUUGCUAUAUCCAACAAUUUUGUUCAGCCCAGGAUCUACCUGCAAACACUGACUAAUUAUCAUCUUGCUUGCA